AUGAAAAAAAAUAAAAUAAUAAGCUCAUCUCAUCUCAUCGCCUUUAUUUGCAGUCAGUGGAUAAAGCAUAGAUACCAAAGUGUCAGCCAAGAAAUAUCUACACAUAAUCAUUGCAUCACAAUGGGUAAAACUAAAACUAGAGGUAGAAAGCUUUUGAAAAAGCAGCAAAAGGAUCAAUUCCAACCCACGGCCGCUGAAUCUAACUCCACUGAAGAUCAUUAUUCAAAUGAGAAGAAUGAUAAGUAUGAUGAUGAGAAGGAUGAUUCUUCUGUUAACUCUAACCAACAGAUGUUUUUUGGGGUUUUAGAUAGAGAGGAACUAGAAUAUUUUAAGCAAGCAGAAUCUACUUUAGCAAUGGAUGCCUUCGAAUCGCCAGAUGAAAAAUCCCAAUUUGUCACCAGUAUCAUUGAUGAAGCUAAGGGAAAGGAAUUGAAAUUGGUCACCUCCCAAAUUUGUUCCAAAUUAAUGGAGCGUCUUAUCCUAGAUUGUGAUGAUACUCAAUUGAAAAGCCUUUUCCAAGCUUUCAACGGUGUCUUCUACAAUAUGGCAUGCCAUAAAUACGCAUCGCAUGUGUUAGAAACCUUACUUGUGAGAAGCACGGCCCUUGUAGAAAAGGAAUUGUUGACACCAAGUUUUGACCAGGAGGAACAUAAUAAUGAUGAUGAUGCUACCGUUUAUGCAUCUAUGGAGAACAUGUUUUUAUUCAUGUUGAACGAAUUGAAACCUCAUUUAAAGCACAUGAUGAAUGACCAAUAUGCUUCUCAUGUUCUAAGAUUAAUCAUUUUGAUUCUUUCCUCCAAAGUAUUGCCCAAUAGUACUCAAAAUAAUUCUACAUUACGUUCUAAGAAAUCCAAGAUUGCCAGAAAGAUGAUUAAUAUUAAAGAUACAGAAGAUUUUAACAAAGUUUACCAAACUCCAGAAUCAUUCAAAAUGGAAUUGCGUAAUAUAGUUAACACAUUAUACAAGGAUUUCACCAAUAAUGCCCAAUCUCGUUCUGAUAUUACCACUACUCAAGUAACCAAAUUUAGAGAAUAUUGCGUCGAUAAAGUUGCAUCCCCCGUUGUGCAACUGAUUAUUCAAGUGGAAGGUAUCUUUGAUAGAGAUCGUUCCAUUUGGAGAUUAGUAUUCAAUACAUCUGAUGAGAAGGAUUCCAAAGAAGAAUCAUUUUUGGAAUAUCUGUUAUCCGAUCCUGUCGGUUCCCAUUUCUUACAAAACAUUAUUGGGUUUGGUAGAGUGAAAUAUGUGGAGAGACUUUACAAUCUAUAUAUGAAAGAUCGUAUUGUUAAAUUGGCCAAGAGAGAUACCACUGGAUCCUUUGUCGUACAGGCAUUAUUGAAGCAUUUGAAGAGUAAAGAAGUGAAAGAAAUCUUAGAUGAUGUGGUUCCUGAAUUGAGUAUCUUAUUGAACUCAAACAUGGAUUUUGGUACUACAAUUAUUGAUGCCAGUUUAAAGAAUGACAAUUACUUGAGAGAUCAAGUUAUUGAACAAUUGCUUAAGAAAUAUUAUCCAAGAGAACAAUUGGAGAAAAAUGUCUUAGAGAGUUGUCUGAAUUUAAGCUCUUCCACUUUGGGUAACACCAGAGAUGAUUGGCCAACUGCAGAAGAAAGAAGGCGAUCUUUAUUUUUGGAAAAGUUGAUUGAUUACGAUGAUACAUUUUUGGGCAUCACCAUUGACAGUAUGUUGAAAUUACCAGAAGUUAGGUUAUCACAAAUGUGCUAUCAUGGUGUGUUUUCUCAUGUCGUAGAAAAAGUUUUACAGACCAAGAGAGUGAAAGUUGUCAAGAGGAAAUUAUUGCUGAAUAUUCUUUGUAAGGAUGCAGUCAAUAUGUCAUGUAAUGCGUACGCUUCUCAUAUUAUGGAUAAACUAUGGGAAUUCACUGCCAAAUUGACAUUAUAUAAGGAGCGUAUUGCAACGGCCUUAACAGCUGAAUCUGAAAAGGUAAAGAAUAGUACCUACGGUAGACAAGUAUGGAAGAAUUGGAAUUUAGAACUUUACCAAAGAAAAAGAUGGGAUUGGAAAAGGUUGAUUAGGGAACAAGAACAAGAACUAUUCCCAGACAGUAGACCUCUACAGCCAAAAGGCACAUAUCCAACAAAGAGGAAUAGUGAUGAUAAUGACCAACAACAUACCUUCAAGAAGCAAAAAUAUGAAAAAUAG